UAGUAUUGCAGCGCGGUUAACAGGUACAGGGCCUGUUGGCAGCUCUGCUCCCAAGUCGCCGCCGGGUCCACGCUGGGACGUGGACUCGCUGAGUCAAAAGUCCCAACCGUGGUCCUUUGACAUGUGGUCCUUGGGGUCAAUUCUAUUGGAGAUGUCUUUGGGGACUCCACUCUGGCUCUCCUACAAGUGUCGAGUGGCCUCGGACCAGCGGGUUCCGCCUGUGGCAGGCCUGGGGCUGUUCGCAGUGCCCGGACGAGAUCCAGAGAAGAUUCUCUUGCGGCAGGCGGACGCUGUGUGCCAUAAGGGCUUGGCUGCAGUGCUGCGUAACGGUGCCGGUGUUCCUCUGGACGCGGAUGGUGGACAGGGCCUCGACUUGCUUGAGCAAAUGAUGUCCUGGGAUCCCAUGGCGCGCAUCAGCCCCUACGAUGCUUUGGCACAUCCUUGGCUCAAGGAGGACUGACAUGUCAUCCAGUCGUAGCUUGCGAGUCCUGGCCGCCGUGGCCUGUACCUAGGAGAUCCGCCCAAUGUUCUGGAG